AUAUAUUAUAUACAUACACAAAAUUAUAUAUAUGUACAGCUAUAUCUGUAGCGCAAAUUAUAAUUCUCAAAGCCUAAACAAAUACCAUGGCUGAUGAUGAUGAUAAACCAAAGAAACACACGUUAGAUACACUUUUUCAUGUGUAUUGCAAUCACAAGGUCAUACCCACCGAACUGGAGAAUGAGGAGUUCAAUAGCAUUUUGCUUUCACAACUAGAUGCUUGGCUGGAACAGGCUAAGCUAAUGCCAAAUCCUAUAACACGAACUCAAACGGGUCUGAUCUAUAUGCGUUAUAAAAAGUGGCGUCUGGAAUAUGAAGAUUUCUUGGAAGUGCUACAAGUGCUUAGUACUGAAUCGGAAAUCAACUAUGAUGAAUUUAAAGAAACUUUAGUAAAUGCGGGUCCACCUACGGGCGCUACGGAUAUAGUUGUAGUUAAAUAAUAUAUGAGUAAAUUUUUUGCAAGUUAGUUUUAAUUACAAGUG